AUGCCAAAGUCUGGUAUUCAAACCAAAGCCUCGGGGAAGCGGCACCAUGCUUCAAUGGCAUGUGUAGCGUGUCGGGAGAGUAAGGUCAAGUGUGAUGGUGGGGAUCCAAAAUGUUCCAGCUGCACCAUCAAGCACCGCGAAUGCCGCUACCAGGCUGUGGACAAGAGAAAACUUCCUCUGCGGGUUGCCAUAGAGUUACUCUCCAGUAGAGUUGAUCAGCUCUGUAUCUUCAUUCGUGCAAAUGGGCUGGAAAUCCCACCUAUGUCACCAGAAAAGGACACAGCUUUAACCAAAGUCCUUGAUGUCUUGGGCUUAACUGAGGUACAUUCAUCGUCGGUACCGGCAUCCACACAAGAACCAGAUCUCUCGGGCUCUAGGAUGAGCAUUGAGCAUCUUAUUUCCAACGCAAUGAACCCUGGUCCACCCGCUGCUCAUACCGUUGCUGCAAGCGAAUCGAAUGGCAUCUGGGCUCAGACCUCCCCAGAUGACACGUCCCAAACCUCUCAUGCCAGUCUCAUACAGAUUCAUAGUCCUCAUGAUGUGCCCACAUUGCCUUUGUUCACCGAAGCUGAUGAUUUGGGUGUCUCAGCGGCGGAACACUUGGUUGCGCCUGAGGAUCAUCCAAAUAAUCUCCUGGGCAAUUGGGACUGGACCAUGGAUUUAGGAACUUCCUUGACGCCACCAUCGUCGGAGAAUCAGGAGCUUAACACAGAGGCUCUGCAGCUACCAUUGGGAACAGCGGAGGUGACAAGCCCAUUUGAGCCGCCAGUCGCUCAAAUCGCAGCUGUCUCUGACAUAGAUAUCAAAAGCACAGAGGAGAUAGAAGAUCUCAUUGACGAGCUCUCUGAUCGAGUUGGCACUCUCCGCUUUGGCCCCGAAGGAGAAUCUUACUUUUAUGGUCCGACAUCAACAUUCAACUUGGCAGAUGAUGAUGCUCCAGCAUCUGGCAGACGGACCAGUCGUACCUUUAAUCAGGAUGACAUGGAAUCUGUCAUAUCAAUUCCAACAGCCCUUGAAAGACAUCUCCUCAGCUUGUACUUUACAUGGCAAGAUCCAUCAUUCCACGUCAUUGACAGAGAAAUGUUUGAAAAACAAAGAUCUGCCUACUCAAGGGGAGAAAAAACGCCCUACUACUCGGAGGCGCUUUUACAUGCAAUGUGCUCCCUUGGUGCUGCAUUCGAAACACGUUAUCACCCUUCCUUUGUUACAUUUCCGAAGUCAUUGGGUGAUUUCUUGGGAGAUCGAGCCAAAGGUCUUCUUGAGACAGAAUUGGACACCCCUUCUGUGGCAACCGUUCAGGCGUUGAUAAUCUUGAGCAGUCAUGAAAUUGGGAAUGGAUCCGAUACCCGUGGAUGGCUUUACAGUGGAAUGGCCUUGCGACUUGCUUUCGACCUCGCUUUGCAUAUUGACCUCUCGUCCUACGUUGCUAAGGGAUCUGUAACGGAGGCUGAUGCCAAGCUACGCCGCACUGUUUUUUGGGCUGCAUACAUGGUUGACCAGUCAGUUUUGAGCAUCCACCCAUAUUCACUACAUGCGCUGAUUUCAUUCCGAACCACCAGUCUUGUCGGUUUCUAUCUUGGUCGACCGUUCUACACUAAUAUGGAAGACGUCACUGUCCCGAAACCCGAUGGUAGCCUCCAGCACCGUCAGCCUCACAACUGGACUCCCUAUGCCUGUCCCAUACCCUUCACAGAUAACCUCGAGUCUGUAGACUUCAUAGAAGCUGUCAGUCAACACGAAAUCAUGCUCUGUGAGCUUAUGGCCCCUUGUGGGUAUUUUCUCUAUGGAACAGCAGACAUCCCAAGAUCAAAACUCCAGCCUCUCAACGAGAGAAUUGUGACCAAACUCCUUGAUUGGAAAGCCCAAUUACCCUCACCUCUACAGAUCGAUCUCAAUGAUCACACCUCCCCAUAUCUCCCCCAUGUACUGUUGCUCCACCACCGACCUUGGAUGUCAAAAGGAUACCUCCAGCCACAACCACCAAAAGGUCCAGGCUACACACACGCAAGAGAGAUGUGCAUCAGCUCUGCCAUAUCCAUUGCCAAGAUACUAGUGUUGUACGAAACCAGAUACACACUCCGCCGCAUCAACGUCAAAGCAGUUUCCAUUACCUCCUCCGCCGUUCUACUACUUCUCUUCGCGGCUGUUUCCCGAUACCAGACACCAGAGAACGAUAACAUCACCGCCCAUUUGAGCACAUGCUUCAGAGCUCUGGAUGAAUUCUCCCUUUCUUGGCAAAGCGCCAAUCGCGCCAAAGACCUUCUGGUGAGAUUGCAGCAUAAGUGGGAAGUCCGUACGCGGGCCAGUAAGCCCAAUCGCGCAUUCGAUGGGGCUGGUUAUCCGCCGAGAAAGCGAUUCCGCAAACUGAAUGGAUCAGAUCCUCCUAAUUCGGUCAAUGAAGGAGCUCCAAGUGCCCGUGUUGGGCCAAGGGACCUGCAUGAGGAUUCUGGUCUUGGCUGGAUGCUUAGGCUAAGUGGCCAACUACCUUCGGAUGGCGAUGAAGAUCUUUUUUCUUUUGUCGCGAAUACUGAAAUCCCUCACGCUGGCUAUGAGGGUGCGUGA